AUGAGAUUCAAGCCCAAACACCAUCAUCCUAUUCCUACACUUAAUGAUGACCGCACUGUGGUCAAUUUAUCUAACCACCAGCUCUCAGCCGACGAGAUGGCCGUGUUAAAAAGAGGGGGCAACUUUGCUGUAGUUCCCAAGUAUAUUCCGGUGGAAGACAUCGUAGCCAACAUUGAAGCCGCCGCUGACAAAGGAAAUGCCACCGCCGUCCUUAACACCAAGGACUACCAGGACAAGAUCCAAGAAUUGUUAGACCCCGAUAUCAACAGGUCCCUAACUAAAGAUCCAACUGCGAAAAUUCUGCGAGAGACAAACAGACUCAUCAAGGAUUCGUCAAUCCCACCCGAGAUACAACGCAACAUAAAGAAAUCAGAAGCUCUCCCUCCUAGACUCUAUGGACUACCGAAGCUCCACAAGUCUGGAGUUCCCCUUCGACCCAUUGUAAGCGCCAUUGGUUCACCGACAUAUGAAGUCUCCAAGUACAUCACGAGUCUUCUGAAACCAUUUAUUGGAUUAUCAUCAUCUUUCAUUAGAGAUUCCAGUGACUUCGUUCAAAAAAUCCAGUCAAUUUCUCUGCAGCCAUCCGAUUUACUCAUAAGCUUCGACGUUGUCUCACUCUUCACAAAAGUACCAGUUGAAGAUGCACUACAGCUGAUUACUCCACUUUUCCCUCCCGACAUCGCAGCCCUUUUCAAGCACGUCCUGACGACCACUUAUUUCCAGUGGAACACAAAAUUCUACGAACAACGGGAUGGAGUUGCCAUGGGCAACCCCUUGAGCCCUGUCAUCGCUAAUUUCUACAUGGAGUUCUUCGAACAGAAAGCCCUUUCCUCCGCCACAAAGAAGACCAAGGUUUGGUUCCGAUACGUCGAUGACACUUUUGCGGUGUGGAGCCAUGGAGAAGAAGACCUGCAACUGUUUCUUCAACAUCUAAAUAGCAUUCAUCCCAGCAUUCAGUUCACCAUGGAGAAGGAGAGCAAUAAUCAGCUGCCUUCCCUCGACGUUCUUGUGACGAAAAAGGAAGACGGGACGCUUGGUCACCAAGUGUACCGCAAGCCCACACACGCAGACCGUUACCUUCAUAAGAACUCAAACCACCACCCGAGACAAAAAAUGGCUGUCAUCAAUACCCUAACGCACCGAGCAGAAAGAAUCUGCGAAAAGACACAUUUGAAGGAGGAACUGAAACACCUUGAGCUAGCAUUUCAAGCCAAUGGAUUCACUAGAGGAGAAAUUAGAAGAGCCCUUCAUCCCAGGAGGUCGAAUAACGAAAAGAAGCCUACCCCAUCUGAACCAUUAGGGAAAGUAAGAUAA